AGCCGGCGCGCGGCGUGCAGAGCGAGCGCUGCGGGCGCGCGUCCCGGGCAACCCCACGCCCCUGCCUCGCGCGCUGCCCGCGCCAUGAAGCACAUCCCGGUUCUCGAGGACGGGCCCUGGAAGACCGUGUGCGUGAAAGAGCUGAACGGUCUCAAGAAGCUCAAGCGCAAGGGCAAAGAGCCGGCGCGGCGCGUGAACGGCUAUAAAACUUUCCGAUUGGACUUGGAAGCGCCCGAAUACGGAGCCGCCGCCACCAACGGGCUGCGGGACAGGACCCAGCGGCUGCAGCCGGUCUCGGCCCCGGUGGCAGCCCCGGUGGCGCCGGCUGUACCUUCAGGUGGGGCCUCGGACACUGCGGGGGAGCGCGGAGGCGUCCGGGCGCCGGAGGUCUUGGACGCGCGAAAACGCGGCUUCGCUCUGGGCGCAGUGGGGCCGGGACUCCCCACGCCGCCGCCGCCGCCGCCGCCGCCUCCAGCACCCCAGGGCCAGGUACCUGGAGGUCCUGACGCACAGCCUUUCCGAGAGCCCGGCUUGCGUCCCCGCAUCUUGCUGUGCGCGCCGCCUGCACGCCCCACGCUGUCCGCGCCCCCUGCGCCCCAGGAGUCCUCAGUGCGCCCCGCGCCCCCCGCCCCCCCCACGCGCCCUGGGGAAAGUUCCUACUCGUCAAUUUCACACGUAAUUUACAAUAACCACCCGGAUUCCUCCGCGUCGCCUAGGAAACGGCCGGGCGAAGCUACCGCCGCCUCCUCAGAGAUCAAAGCCCUGCAGCAGACCCGGAGGCUCCUAGCUAACGCCAGGGAGCGGACACGAGUGCACACCAUCAGCGCUGCCUUCGAGGCGCUCAGGAAGCAGGUGCCUUGUUACUCGUACGGGCAGAAGCUGUCCAAACUGGCCAUCCUAAGGAUCGCCUGUAACUACAUCCUGUCCCUGGCACGGCUAGCUGACCUCGACUACAGUGCAGACCACAGCAACCUCAGCUUCUCCGAGUGCGUGCAGCGCUGUACCCGCACCCUGCAGGCCGAGGGGCGUGCCAAGAAACGCAAGGAGUGACCAGCCAGAGGCUAGACCAAGGACGCUGCUGUGGGCCCUCUUUCCAGUCAAGCCCGAGGAGCAGGUGAGCUCGCCAAGUCCAGCCUCAUCUUCUCCAAGAUGCCAACCGACGCUCAGACGGCCACUCUCAGGGUCUCAGGAGCACAGCUGCCUCCCUUUCACCUUCCUGCCCUCCACCAGCCUCUCCUCGGCCACUUCGCACUUUGCCCUCUGCCUGGUAGGGAGGGGAGAGCUCAGUCUUCCCCUUGCCUGGGGCCUGCAGAAAUUCAUUGCCAAAGAUUUGACAGAGACAUGGAACAAGAUGUGGUGGUAAAACUCCACAACGAAAAGCCACACGGUUACUCUGACUUUCGCUCCUAUUAUUGCAUGGGACCCCUCUCAAGCCAAAGUUGAGUCAACGAUUUCACUAGGAACCAAGGAAGGAGUGGACAUUUGGCGGCCAUUGGAAAUUCCAGAUCCUCUGAGCCAGAACUUUUUCUGCACUGGGGCUUGUGCUGCCUGGGCACAAGACAAGCUGCCUGAGGUCAUGAGAGGGAGGUUGGAGUGUUACAGGAAGUACAAUAUGAGGACCCAGCCCCCUUCUCUUCCGCCCAGUGGUCGCCCAGCCUCUGACCCUGAUUGUCAAUGUUCUCUGGGCUGGGGCUCCUUCCUGGGUUUGGAGAGUCAUGCAAAGGCUAUAAGGAGGGAAAAGAAGCAAUAUUGACCACUCCAUACACGUCAUAGGGAUUCACCCAACCCCUGGUUGGUCCAGUCAGCCCCUCCCAACCAGAGGCCUAUCCUCCUGCAGGGCAGUGAGAUAGCACCCUGCUUGGAGGUCAGUGGCCUGAUACAUGUUGUACAGGAGGGCAGAGGGGAAAAAGGGAUCUGGGGAAUGGCCAUCAUGUGUGUGUAGCGGGGGAGGCUCCAAGCAAAGGCCGCUCCUUCCUGUGCUCAAAAGGCCAAAGCUGUUCACAUCUGUGCUCAACCAUCUGCUUCAAAUUGAAGUAAAAGCCCCAACAUGUAAAGAAAGCACUUGCUUGUGUUGAGUGGACUCUGUGUGUGACCAGGACUUUGGCCAGUUGGCUGGGGGUGGAGGGUGAGCUUGUGGAGGAAAGAAGAGGUUGGUCUCUGCCUAGAGUUGGGGAUCCCUUUGGGAAAUGGGCAUUGUGUGUGUGUGUGUGUGUGUGUGUGUGUGUGUGUGUGUGUGUGUGUAGAGUAAAGGGAACCUCUCCAUGGUCUCAUCCUAGGCUAGUGACCAGCAGGUCUGGUCAGGAACUCGUAAAGAGCCUUCUCUGCUCCACUCCUCACUUAGUGCAUGCCAGUCAUUAUAAAGUGGCAGUGAUGGGGGACCGCAUUAUAAACCCCUUUUAUAAAUGAGCUAACUGGGGCUCCAAAGAGACAGGCCCAGCCAGUGACAGAACCAGCUCUCAGGCCAGGAUGACCUCACUCCAAAUCUUGUAUUCUUUACCUCUUUGUAGCCCCUGAGUCCAGUCCAAGCCCAAGUCUUCAUGUGGUAUUGUCACGUAACUUCAUCUAAGACAGAGGCGAUGGAGACUCAAGGGGGUUGGGGAGCAAGGGGGUAUUAAGUAGGAGCUAAGGUGAGGCUGUUGGGGAGGAAGGGCUGCAUGGGAAGGCCGGGCUACCCAGGGAUAGGGGAGGUGAGGAGGAAGAAGGCGGAGCCAUUGCAGGUUGCAUGUCUGUCCCUUGGUUUAGCCGGUGUUGCCCUCCUCUGCUUACUCCUCAGGCUCCUGAGCUGGAGCUGGAGUGUCUGUGGUGAAACUGACUGUGGGAACCUCCUCCUUUGCCCUCGUAUUUCCCUUUGCUAAGGUCUGGGUGGUAGGGUGGUCCUGGUUCUGGGGCUGAAGCUGGAAACCCAGUCUUAGCACUCCUCAGAGCAAAGUUGCUCUACAAGCUGGCAGAUAAAGUGGGCUUGGAAUGGGGACAAUUAGGAAGGAGACAGAAGUCACCUGGGACAAAACUCCAUUCAGUUGUCCCUCUGAACCUCUGAGUAAUCUUAGUGACACUUCCUAGGGAAGCAGGAAAUGUGGGCCAACUAGCAACAAGCAGCAUCAGAGGACACUUUCUGUUGCUAAAGGGUGGAGGGAGCCCCCAUCCUGCAUCCCAUGGGCUAGACCCAUGACUGGCCACCCAGAAACUCCCCAUGGCCUCUAUUUUCAGCCCUCUCUUGCUCAUGGCUUUCAUUAUAUACUUCCUUGGAUUCUGAAGUAUCGAUUGGGCAUUGCCUGCAUAUCAGUGCACUAUGCUAGGUACCGGGAAUAGAGAAGAUAGGUAGUGCCCAACAUCGCAAAGCUCAUGGGUCUGUAGAGACAAUGCAAUAAUUAAUUGGACACAGAUAAUAGCACUUUGAGAGUUUUGGGUAAAAAAA